UUAACCAAUGUACAUAGGGCUGCAACAUAGUAGGAGGAUAUACAACUUAUUUGCCCAUGCAGAUGUUGGAAUUCAUCAACUGUACAGUUUACACGGCAGCAAUGCGUGUAAUUUUAACUCGAGCUAGGUGGAUUCACCUAAACGGUGUGUGAGGGAAGGAAAGAAGAAGAGGGAACCAGUGGGAAGGGGGCGGGGGUGUAUGGACCUCACUGGUUGCGGGACCUAUAGGCACCCCGAUUGUGCUGUUGUUAUUUUUAGAGGUAAGGACAAAAGAAAGAAUUUUUUAGAGGAACGGCCCCUUAUUUCAGAGAGUGUGACGGGGCCCCCGACUUCGCCGCCGCUGGUCGGGGCUGUCAAGACGACCGACGGAGAGCGAAAAGCGGCGGAGCAGCCGACUCAAGUCCGGGGUUUCCUGCUACAGCAGCGGGAAUCACACAAAACACCCUUUCACUUCUCGUGGGGCCUUCAGCGUUCUCAGAUGGUGUCCUUGCUUCUCAUCAAAAAGAAAGGUCUACAUUGACACAGGCCUAACUGUUGAAGACUGAAAACAGACUUGUGAUCACAAUGAAAAGCCUUACCUUCAGAUGGUACCACAUGAAGAGGAACUAGGCCAAAUGACCUUUUAAAUGAAUGGAAAGAAAACAACGAAGCAGUGUGGAAUAUAUCAGAGAAUCAGAUGUUCACACUAUAAAGCAAGGAACAAAUGAAAAGGGAAGAACAACAAAAUUGGAGUGCAAAAGAAAAAGGAUAUCUGGGGACCAAAGAUUUUUUUAAACAUCAACAACAGUUCACUCGAGCAGUAUUCUAAAGGAGAGAAAUGAAAUCCAUGAAAUCUAUUUAAUCAUUUUGCCAUUAAUAUCAGUAAACUUAUGAAAUGGUCCACGGAUAUUUUUUGGUUGUACGUAAGGACUGGUAAAUUUAGCAUUUGACAGCUGGGCUGCUAGGCGUAAGCGUAUAGAACUACCUGAAAACAGCAUUUGUGUGCAAUUUGCCAGAACUGACAGUUUGCAGUGCCUGCAGUCUCACUUAUGUUGACUCCCUUGUGGGCAUUUUCAGCUCGACCACAUUGAAUUUUUUUCACCUUUUCUGGUGGGACAAUGUAAUUGACUUUCUGAGGUCAUCUAACAGAACUAGUGUACUUUUGAACUCCAUUCACCAAAACACUUUUUUUGUGUGUGUGUGUGCCAAACUUCAACAGCUGCAUAGAGAUAAUAACAUCUGCAACAUUUUUCUGAAUGUAACUGCUGCUACACUACACAUCACACGCUCGGUUGCUGUCAGUGGAAAUUUGAACUCGAUGCUUCAACUUCUCAAUUAUUUAUUGUCAGGCCAUCUCGUAAAGUUCAACAAAUUUACCUGCAGACUUACAAAAACAACACAUUUUGUCAUUGCAUCUCCAGCUGCAGAAUCUCUCUUCAGAGUUAUUUGUUUUUUAGAUAUAUAUUUACUGCCAGGCUGCCCCAACCUCAUGAAUUGCUGCGUCAGUAUCUCCUGGCUGUGAUGAACUUGUGCUUAUGUUGUGAAAACCAGCUGGAAACUUCAUACACUUACGCACUUAAUUUUCAGUGACAUCUUCUAUAUUUAACCCAUAUAGAAAGGCUCUCUGAACAAGCUGUUGGUCCUGGAACAUUUCACAAGGUGUCCCUUCCAGAUAUCUCAUAAAUAAGUCUGAAAAGUUUCAGAAACCCCAAACAAAGUUUAAAAAAUGCAAAACUUUCCCAACAGUCCUGCUUCUCUUCACCCUGGCUUCACCAACAGGAGCGGGAGCAUGGUUGGCUCGCCAUAUCCACCACACUCAGGGGAACCUCAGAUAUCCCCGAGAUCAAUAGAGGAGUACGCUGUCAUGCAACAGCAAGCCCAAGUGAACCCUCAAAGUCAUGGCCAAGGUCACUUGCUUCAUCGGGGGCAGCAGCACCCUGGCCACGCCGCUCACAUGCACGGAUAUGGGUCAAGAAGCAGAGCGACGGGGGAAGUGGUGACACAAAGCAGCCCCCACAGUGGAGGCAAUAGCAACCCCUACAGAAAAGACAUGGAGUACUAUUUCUCAGUGAGUGGCAGAGACAGAAGCAGACGAGGGGCUAUGGGGUACGGCACAGGCUUCGGGUACUCAAACAUGGACGGGCACAUGCCCCACCAGUACAGACAUGGCGUGGGGUCAGGUUCGGCCUCAGGAAUGAUGUCUCCAUAUCCCCUGGACUAUGGGUCCUCUGCUGUGUCUGGAGGAGGUGGCAGCAGUAGCAGUGGUGCGGGGUCAUUUUCCCCCUCCCAGCAGUACAGCAUGGGCCAGGCUCCCUCUAUGCAGCCAGUGUCAGCAUCCCCCAUGCACCAACGCCAGCACAGCCAGAAAUACCCCUCACACCAGGCACUACACCAAGGGCAGCCUCACAGGUCCUACCCUCUGCACAGUCACAGAAUACCCCCUCAGUUUUCACACUACCCAUCAGGAUCGGCUGGAAUGUACAACUCCCCUCCACACAGAUAUGAUGGCAGUGGCAGUGGUGCCAUCGACGUUAAAGUAAACAGCUCACCCACCCACUCCAACCCUGCCCCAUCGAACAGCACAGGGCCACCUGAGAGCAUGGGCCAGCCCUACCCUGCCAGCCAUCCACAGUUUUCCCCUCAGUCUCAUUCCCUUCACAAACAUGCUGGCCACGGCCAGCGCAACAUCCAGCACAGUUUGGCUACGGGCUAUGACCCUUCUGUGAAAAUGCAGCCUCACGCAGCUCAGGCAAGUCAUGCAUAUUCAAAGCAUUCCCAGUCCUCUGUUCCGUUGGCUAGUCCUGCCAUGCCACAACUAACUCCACAAGAGGUUUCAAAAUCUCCCAUGAACUCGCAAACCCAACCAGCCCAAAUGCAGCAAAACUUUAGCCCCAUAUCCAAUCCGUCGCCGGCUGCGUCAGCCGUGCAGUCUCCCAGCUGUAGCUCGUCCUCUUCGCCCCUCAUGGGCGUCUCUGAAGGCUCGGGAAAUGCCUCCGCUUCCCUGGUACAGCCGCCAUCUCAGAGCUCCCUCUCAAACCCUCGCAGCAGCAGCCACAGUCACGGUCAUGGCAGGUUACUGCAGACUGUGCCUCAACUAAGUCCAACUCCCCACUCUAACAGCAGCAUAAGUAGCUGUGGGAGUAGCAUUGGUGGAAAAGGCGGUCACCCUGCUGUCAACACAGGCCGAUCAGGAGUUGGUAGUAAGGCAGCAUCAGCAGCUAGGGAAGAAGGGCCACCGUCUAUGUACCCCUCUUGCCCCCAGGACAAAAUCAUGCAAGAUCCAGGGCUUAACAGUUUAAAUGCCCUUACAUCUCAAGUGGCUAACUUACCCAAUACAGUACAACACAUGUUGCUGACUGACUCUCUGCUUUCCAACAAGAGAGGCAAAGAUGGGGGACAACACCCCAAUGCCCAGUCUUUGUCACAAGUUGUGCCCUCCUCUCAAUCAAAGACCCAGGGUACUCUAGGACAUGGCCUUGGGAAAGACGAUGGUGGAGUGGCAGUUAGUGAUGGUGGCAGCUCUGACAGAGAAGUGGUUGAAGAUCUCUCCUCCAGGCCAGAGAGAACUGCAGAGGCCAAAGAGGAACAGGCGGAGAUUUUCUCUGAUGGCGAACCGAAGAGAUUGAGGCAAAUGAGUGGCACGAGCAAUGAGUCUGAACCUAACAGCUAUUACCCUCCCCCCAAGAGCCACAGAGAACAGACCAUCUCUCAUCCCCAGAAUCCAACUGAGCAAAGUUGCCGCAGAUUGCCACUUCGAGUAGACACUGAAGUCUCUAAAAAACAGUCAUCAGCUCAGUAUUCAGGUGCUGGUGGAGCUCACAUGAAAACACCUGAGAACCAGACUCCCUCAUCAUCCUCAUCACCUUCUAUUCCCCCCUCUGCACAGCCUAGUCCAAAUUUACCCCACUGCCUUCCUCCCUCUUCCAUUACGUCAUCAUCGACUCCCUCCCCAUCCCACUCCUCACUAUCUAACUGCUAUUUGGAGUCUGACGCCACACAUGCUGACUCUAAAAAUGGGGUUAGAGAAAGGGAACCUGGUGAAAUUAAAAUGGAAAGAAACACUAAAACUGAGACUGAAGAGGCAAACAAAAAAUGGGAAAAUGCUCAUAGACGAGGCCAUGGAGGCCUUCCUGAAGGAGAUGGAUCAAAGAAAAUGCAGACUGUAGGCAAUUGUAAGGAGGAAAUGUUAAGCCCUAAACUAAACGAAAACAAGGAAGGGAGGCCAGACAAGGGCCAAAACUUUGUAUCUGACAGGACUUUGAAUGCUGCUGAGCCACAACAUGGAGGAGUUGGUGUCAUUGUGUCAACUCGCCCUGACUGUAAUCAACCUGAAAUGUCAAAGCAUCCUGAAAAUACGCCGUUGUCCCCACAGUAUGGCGGCCCUCUGCACUCCAGUCAACAGAACUUUCCUGAAGACAGGAAGUUCCUUAGAGAUUCACGCAGCCACAACGGUGAUGGUGAUGGUCCCGUUGACCAAUACCCUGGACAAUACGACCCAUCCUCUAAACCCGACUUUGGACAAAUGGCCUCACAUAUGGGUCCUUAUAAGUAUGGGAACCAUGAUAUGUCCUAUAAUACCUGCAUGGGCAUGAAGAAUAGAGGGAGAAUGGGUCCAGGAGCAGGGAUGGCGGCGAAUGCUAGAUAUCAAGGAUAUAAUCAACUACAGCCAACAUAUGGCUCUGUACCUAGAAAGAAUUCUGGGAUCAUGGCACUUGAUGCCCAAGUGAGGAGAGCAAUGGGUAUGGGACCAAGACCUGAAGACAGUAAUUCUCAGAUGCAACAACCGUAUCCUAGCCUUUUACAAGAGGUACUUCAAGGCUAUCACAUAGACAGGCGGUAUGGACGUCCUGAGCAAGUUAAUGCUCACUUGCAGUCUCCAAACAUGGCUCAACCCCACUACCAACCCAGACAUCCCUAUGCCAUGAUGGAAGGCAUGAAACCUCAUGGAGUCAGUUCUCCAGCUCUCAUGGGUGGGGUUCAUCUCGCUGAAAUGACCACAGGGAAGCCUCAUCCUUUGAAUCAGGUCCAGGGCUCUGGGAAUGAUCUAGGACCAGGAAUGCCUCAUUCUUCAUGGGAUCCAGAAACACAGAGACUGAAGGGUGCACACUGUGGCUCUUCUGAUCAGAAGAGCAGAAUUGGUGCAUCACCGAAUCAGUCUUCCCACAUGCAACAGCCCACAGAUUUAACUGCAGGUCCUCCCCCAAAGCACAUCAACUUAGCCGACUACUCCUUGCCACAGAGGAAAUCGUCCUGUUUGACCACUCCACCUUCAGCAGUGCAACAGCUGCUUUUACAGGAAGUUGAUCGGCUGGCUGACAGUGUGACCCCCUCCGGUCAGACACAGCCUGCUUCACUUUUGUCACCAUCCUCAGAGCGACGCUCAGUUAUCUGUGAUGUGUCUCCAUCUAGAAGAACUCCUGAGCAAGAGAUGAGUCAGUUUGGGACACCUGCAUCUUCAGUUAUACAACAGACAUUUUCUGCAAUAACACAGGAGCAAGACAACAGAAAGGAUCCAUCAGGAGAUAAACCAGAAGUAAAAACUGAAGAGCCAGUCACCACAAUUGAGGCCACAAAUCAAAGUGGAGAAGAUCUGACAGUUGAUGCUACUAAGAAAAAGAACAAAUGUGCUGUCCCAUCUGCAGAUAUACAUUCCAACCAUCAUAGGACCAGUGGUGGCAGCAUCGAUCUGGCCACCACCACUCGGCACCAUCCACACCCACCUCCCCAUCAUUCCAUCCAAAACCCUUUGAUGUCUCCACAAAGGCCGCAGCCCUGCCCUCAAGGACUUGAUGUAUCUGGGACCCACGCAUCUGCAUACACUAGCUAUCCAUAUGGUGACAGUAGAGAGGGAAAUGCGGAGCUGAGUAAAGGACCUAAUCCCUCCUACCAUGGUUACGGUGUGACAUCUUCACAAUCCCAGCUCAGUAACAAAUCGGAGGGAUAUCCCCAUCCCCUCUCCCUCCAACAUGCUCACGAUGGCGAUGCCAGACAUGACUGGGCAGCAAAUCCCAACAGACCCAGCGAAAUGUUGCUGUCCAACUCUGACCUUCACGCACCUCAAAACCAACCUGAGCGGAAAAUGAUGUCUCCGACAGAUGGCCUGACCAAUUCAUCUCAGUUACCUAGGCAACAGUCACAAUAUCCGGGAGCCUUCUAUGAUAUGAAGAUGUGGGAAGCCUUUGCAGCUAGAGAAAGUGGAGGAGGAAUACUGGAGGGAGAUCCUUCCCCAAGAAUCCAGCAGCCUGCUUCUGCAGUGCCUCCUGAGCCAAUAUCUGCCCAACCCACCGCAGGGUCCAUACACCCAGAGACUAAGAGCCCUCGGACAGUCAUGCCGGAGACAGGGAAACCCCUUCCUCCCAUUCCAGCUUCUAAUUCUGUCACUAAUUCAACUGGUCACACAGCCAGCACAGGUGGAAACCAAGGUCCUCCCCAGGGCCGUCAGUUCAGAACAGGCGGGUCAGGGGAACCAAACCCGUUGAUGAUGAGGAGGAGAGUCCGAUCUUUUAUUUCCCCCAUACCCGCUAAGAGGUUACACCAGGAUGGAACGCAAAAGACAGGACCAGGUUCUUAUCAAUCCCCACUUUCCCAUGCUGAUCCCAGAUACCAAAAUGAGAGUGAUUCAGACACAAAUCGUCCCAGAUUGCCCUCUCCAAACUCUUGCCCUACCCCCAAUUCUCAGUCACCAUCCUCACAAGGAAAAACAAAGGUACUGCCUCCAAGAAAGGGAAGGGGUCUGAAGCUCGAGGCUAUAGUGCAAAAAAUUACACCAAGUGUUAAGAAAGGGGGUGAUUACAACAGUCAUGGAGAUUCUGACUCAAAUUAUCCAGAUACAGAAGCACGAUCUUACUGUUCUGAUGACCAAGAUAUUGGUGCACGUUUUUCAAGUGGGGACAGCAGUUGCCUCCCUUAUCUUGGAGAUAGUCAGUCUUUAGAUGAUGUUUUAACAUACAGAGGAAUGGAUGACACUGGGCCUCCAUCAAUAAUUGCAUAUGAUUCGCUAAAAGAAAGCUCUACUGGUAGUUCAAUUGGUGGUGUGCUAAGAGGCUUGCGGUCAGAUUUUGACUUUGGUUUGGGUCCAUCAGCAACUCCAGUGGGUGAAGGUGACAAGGAUGACCUCAGAAUACCAUCAGAUUUCACGUUGUUGGGGCCUUUACCACCUCCACCACCACUGCCUCGCCCAGUCCAGGGCUCUCCACCUCCAUCUUCUUCUGCCCUGUCAGAUAUUCAACAAUUUACAAACACUUACCAGCAACUGGAGACUCGAAGGGGAGAACAGUCUGCUGCUAACCUCUUGAGACAGAAGCUACAGGAAACUGGGAUGGGAUUUGAUGAAUAUUCCAGUAGUGAUUAUUAUGGAACCUCCCCGGCCCAUGGUCAAGGACAUCACUUGUUAUCCCGAUCACAGCAUCAGGUUUCUCCAAGAAGCGGCAUGUCAAUGUCUGAUUCCAAGCAACAAGAUAGUUCUGUGCCCAAGGGCUACUUUCCUUCUGGCAAGAAAAAGGGGAGACCUGUUGGAAGUGUGAACAAGCAGAAACGUGCCCAGCAACAGCAGAACCAACAGCAGAAUGCGGCACCUAGUUCUACCACUUCUACCACUCCUCAGGCUACAUCUCCUGCUGCAGCCUCUACUGUACCACAGGAUGUUCCCUCUGCCAGCACCAAGGUAGAGAUUCCUACUAUCUCCACAGCAUCACCAGAAAUCCCAGCACCCUCAGCAGCAACAGCACCUCCUGCUCAGCCGGCAGCAGUGAAAGUGGACAUAGAGGGGGAGGAGACACAAACCGAAGCCGCUACUGGCAAAUCUGGUAAACACAGACAAAGGAAGGGAAAAGAAGACAGUGAAGAUGGAGUGCCAAGCAGCAGGCAACGGAGGAGACGGCGAGCUGUGCCUGUGACUUCAAAAGAGGAGCCAGACCCAACAAACACAGGAGCAAAUGCAGGAGGGAUUUUCCUAGAUAAACAAAACAACAGCUUUUCUCCAUAUAUACAUGUGGAGAGGAAGAUUGCUGAGCUUGGGGCUGUGUGUAGUAUCAUCAAUGCAGAGGAGGAGAAAUUAAAGUCCGGGAAAGGUGGUGGGAGUGGCAGUGGCACGGACACUCUCUCAAAUCUUGCUCAAAUGGUCAAGCGAGACAAAGACAUGGCAAAAAUGAGAGAAAAUAAGGUCAGUGAGCAGGUCACCUCAGCCCAUCCGUCAGGAAAAGAUCUGCCCUCAUCUUCAUAUGUCCUCCCAGGACCUGUGAUUGCUGAAACAGCGCACACUGGUCGUCUGCUCUGUUGCCUUUGUCAAAAGUGGGCCAAUUAUAAACACCUUGGAGAUCUGUAUGGCCCGUACUAUCCCUCUGAGUAUGCUUCUAAACUUCCCAAGAAUCAACCCCAGACUAAGCAGAUACUCCCUCAACCUGGAGCCAGCACGGCGGGACCAAAUGUGAUGUCUAAUUCAGCUGAAUCAACAUCAAAUGACUCCCAGAUACUGGACUCUGCUAAUGUCAAAUCCUCAACAGAUAGUGAUUGUACAGCUAGCCAUGCUACCAACCCAACGUCUCCUGCCACCACCGUGGGCACAGCUUCUCCAGCGGCAGGUGAGGAGAUGCCCUUCCUUUCCUACAAAACUGCCAGUGCCACCAUCAACAGGAAAGUGCAUAAUUGGGAGUUGACCCAUGAAACACCCGCUGUAAGAGAGCCACAGAAACCACCAGAGUUGCAGAAUGAAGUUACAGGUGAGCCGAAGCCACAAAGCCAACACCAGCAACCGGACGAUGCCCAGCAGUGGCCGCAACACAGGAAACUCACCUCGCAUCCGCGAUUCAAGCGCCGGCACAAAUCCGGUGAAGAUUUACCCAGAACCAUCCCCAGCAACAACAAAGCCUCAUUGCCAUUCCAGCCCCCACCCCCGACCCUGGACUCUCUUGGUCCUCUUGCCCAGCUUGCCCAACUCCCUCAAGUGCCCCUUGACCCCGAGGAGUUGUGGGUGCAUGAAGGAUGCAUAACCUGGGCAAGUGGGGUGUUUCUGGUCAGUGGGAAACUAUAUGGGUUACAGGAGAUGCUAGACGGUGCCAGAGAAACAAAUUGUUCUCAUUGUGAAAUGGUUGGCGCAACCCUUGGUUGCCUCAGCAAAGGCUGUACGCUGAGAUACCACUACAUUUGUGGUAUAGAGGCAGACUGUUCUAUGAAUGAAGAAAACUUUUCACUGAGGUGUCCGAAGCACAAGUUCUCUCAGAGCAGUAGACCAGCUAAGGUUAUUUACCUGGAGCAGUCAGAGAGAGGCUGAACUCAUAGAGGGGAUGUACUCACACGGAAGGUUUGGACAUGUCAGCCAUGAUGGUGAAGGACUCUACUGUCUGUUGGAGUAGCUGGAGCGGAUGGUGUAUGGAUGAGCAGAAUGUAAAAAACAACACUAACACUAAAUGGAGUACCAAUGACUCUCAAAAAGAUGUUACAAAGUGACAAAAAAAAGAAAAUGAGCAUUUUUUUCACUACACCUGUCAAUACCGACAAAGGAAUAAAAAGAAAGACAAGCAUCAUGGAGGAGGAAAAAUAAUGUCAAAAGAAGGGUUCCAAAGAGGAACUUUGCCUUUUGCGGAAGAAAAAUGGACAAACUGCCUCUCUUCUAAAGCUUUCGAUUUGUGUACGUUUGGGACUAUUUCUGUUGUGAUUUCAUCAACACUGUUGUUAUUUGACGUUCACAUUAUCUUGUCCAGCAAUUUUUUUGAGUGUGUGUGUGUG